UUCAGAGACACACUUUCAAAAACAAUGGCUUCCUGUACACAAAAAUCUACAUUCCUCUCACCUAUUCUCGUUUUCCUUGCUCUACUUCUGCUUCUUUCUUCUUCAGUAGCUGACCUCUCUUUCAACUUCUACGCUGGUUCUUGUCCCGGAGCAGAGUUCAUCGUCAGGAACACCGUGAGAUCGGCUUCAACCACUGAUCCAUCAAUUCUUGGGAAGCUCCUCCGUCUCAUCUUCCAUGAUUGUUUCGUGCAGGGUUGCGAUGCAUCAGUGUUGAUUCGAGGGAACGGUACAGAGAGAAGCGAUCCAGGGAAUGCGUCUCUGGGAGGAUUCACUGUGAUAGAAAGCGCCAAAAAUGUCCUCGAAAUCUUCUGUCCAGGCAUAGUCUCUUGCGCUGAUAUCCUUGUUCUUGCUGCUAGAGACGCUGUAGAAGCUCUCGGAGGACCGGUAGUUGCGGUACCGACCGGGAGGAGAGACGGGACGGUCUCACUGGCAGAAAAUGUCAGACCAAACAUCAUCGAUACAGAUUUCACAGUCGAUAAGAUGAUCACUGUCUUUUCCUCUAAAGGCUUAUCUGUUCAAGAUCUUGUCGUCCUCUCAGGAGCGCACACUAUCGGAGCUGCGCAUUGCAACACAUUCAACAGCAGGUUUAAGAGAGAUCCCAACGGCAAUUUCGAGCUCAUAGACGCGUCUCUCGACAACAACUACGCGCAAACACUUAUGAACAAGUGUUCAUCGUCGAUGGAUCCUACGACCACGGUCGUAAACAACGAUCCAGAGACAUCGUCGACGUUUGACAAUCAGUAUUAUAGGAAUUUACAAGCGCACAAGGGUCUGUUCCAGACGGAUUCGGCUCUCAUGGAAGAUGAACGGACGAGGAAGAUUGUUGAGAUUCUAGCGAAUGAUGAGGAAAUUUUUUUCGAGAGAUGGAGUGAGUCAUUUGUGAAGAUGAGUGUGAUGGGUGUGAGAGUUGGUGAAGAAGGUGAGAUCAGACGAUCUUGUUCUUUUGUUAAUUAAACGUAGAUUAGACGAAUUCA